AUGGUGCUCCGGAAACAUGAACUCGAAACGCAGCUUAAGAACGAAAAUGAAUUGAUCAAGAGCGGCGUCCUGAGAGAGGAGAACCCCCUCGACCAGUCCACCGAGUUCGAGGCCUUCCUGCUAGCCUGUAGACGGGGUGACCUGAAAACAUGUCAAGAGCUGAUCUCGGCCGGGGUGAACAUCAAUGGCAAGGACCGCUUUGACUACACGCCCUUGAUCAUUGCCAGUCUGUGUGGCCAUCUGGAGCUUGUCCAACUCCUUCUGGAAUCCGGUGCCCUGGCCGAGAGGAAUACCUUCCAAGGGGAGCGGUGCAUCUACAACGCGCUCAACGACAGGAUACGAAACCUGCUGCUGGAAUACGACUACUCAAAAUCCACGGACCCGCUCCAGCCGUGGGCCGGCCACAUCACCAGCCUGCUCACGAAAUCGGUCCCCAAGACGGCGGACAUCAGCCUGAUCGCCUCGUCGCAGUCUUUUGAGCUGCACAAGUUCCUCCUCGCGGCGCGCACGCCGUACUUCCGUAAAAAGCUCACCGAGGCGCCCGAGAGGACGAGCUACGAGCUCCCCAAGAACAUCCCGGUGGACUCCUUCCAGGUCGCCCUGCGCUACCUGUACCUGGGCGAGGUGCCGAGGGACCUGGUCAACGCCCGGAGCACCGUGACGGAGGAGGAGGUUCUCAAGGGUGUCGACAAGCUCAGCCACUACCUCGAGAUCCAGCAGCUGUGGGAGGCCAUCCUCGCCGGGAACGACCGCCGUCUCGCGCGGCAACGGUAUCAGGAUGAGGUGCAGCGCGCCCAGCGCCAGGUCGAGCAGUUUUACCGCGAAAAGGUCUUGGGUCACAAGAUGGUCGUCGACACGAAACGGGUCGGCGAGAUCAAGUGGCGGCACGACAACUCCAUCUUCGCGGACUGCCUCCUCUGCGCCCACGAGCCGGAGACGGAAGGCGCCUCCAAAGACGCGGAAGAAGUCGAGAGCGUCGCCAGCAACAUCGGCAUCCCCCUGGGCCCGCGGAUGAACGGCACGGCGGAGAACAGGAAACCCAGGCGCUCGCUCGUCAUCCCCGUGCACAAGGCGAUCCUCAUCCGCAGCCCCUACUUCGAGACCAUGUUCUCCAGCGAGUUCAAGGAGGCCCAGGACUCGGAGCACCUCCACGUCGUGACGCUGGACUGCAGCCCGGAGGUGCUCGAGAUCGUCCUCACCUUCCUCUACACCGAAAAGGUCGACUGCCCCCUCGAGCUCGCCCUGGACCUGCUCUACACGGCCGACAUCCUCUUCCUCGACAAGCUCAAGACCAAGGCCGCGCAGGCCAUCAGCACGCUCGGCAGCGGCAACAGCAACGUGCUCGUCGACCGCACUCACGGCGGCGAGGGGGGCGAGGGGCAGGAGGAGAUGGAGCCGAUCAACAUCUACGACGUCAUCCACGCCGCCUGGGACCUGCGCGUGCAGCGCCUCGAGGAGUUCGCGGCGCGGUACCUGGCCUACCGGCUGGAGGACUACAUCGACGAGCCCGAGUUCGCCGAGCUCAUCAACGAGAGCGCAUCGAGGAUCAAGGACCGUCAGGAGACGGACACCAUCGAGCUGCUCGACGACAUCCGGCAUUACCUCGACCAGCGCUUCCGUCUGCGGUUUGAGGACGCGAACCUCGAGGACAUGAUGGACGAGGAGGGUGAGAUUGACGCGGCCGUGGCGGAGACCAUUGCGGCACAGGCCGAGCAGGUGGAUGAGAAGGGCGAGCGGGUGGUCCUGCAGGAGAAGCCCGUCGAGAUUCCUGUUGAGAAUGGCGAUGGUGAAGGUGUGAGAACGCUGGGUGGUGAGAUGGCCGAGGACGAGUUCGUCUCAGAUGCCAUCAAUUACCAGAUUCUGCUAGGUAAGAUUGACACGAUGCUCGAUCGUUUGAAGCUGGAUGCAUAG